AACAGGAGAGCGAGACAGACGGGUGGAUACUGUGGGAGAGGGCUGCAAGAGCUGAGGCAGCUGCAGAGAGGAUCCAAAUGGGAGCCAGAUAACCCCUGCUGGGGUGUCCGAACCCCCUGUGUGCUGGAGACAAGAGCAUGCCACUGAGGGGUGUGCUGGUGCAUCACACAGGCUGAGCUGUAUCCCGGGUCUGCAGAGCUAUGAGAUAUGGAGGAGGCUGGCAGCUCCCUGCGGCAUCCCCGCUCAUCCUCUCCCAUGCCCCAUCUGCCAGCCCAGCUCCCCUGCCCUGCACUGCUGCACCUCUUCUGUCUGCUGCUGCUGCUCUCCUGCCCCCAGCCCUGGGGAGCCUCUGCCACCCAGACAGCUCCACACCGCAAUGAGACUGCAGGAGGCAUGGCUGGCACAUUCGCAGAUGAAGAACAGGCAACACAGCAUAACAGCAGCAGUAGGGAAAGCACUAACCACAGCCAGAGCAAUGAAAUGCACAAAGAAAUCACACUGCCUUCAAGACUGGUCUAUUACCUUAACAAAGAAUCUGAAAGUCCAUACCAUAUACUGGAUACAAAGACAAGGGACCAGCAGAAGCAUAACAAGGCUGUGCAUCUUGCCCAGACUAGUUUCCAGAUAGAGGCCUUUGGUUCCAAGUUUAUCCUUGACCUGUCAUUGAACAAUGGCUUGUUGUCCUCAGAGUAUGUGGAGAUUGAGUUCAAUGAAGGAAAAGCUAAAUCCAAUAAGGGAGGAGAGCACUGCUACUAUCAUGGUACCAUCAGAGGUGUCAAAAACUCCAGAGUGGCGAUCUCCACUUGCAAUGGUUUACAUGGAAUGUUUGAUGAUGGCGCUCACACCUACACCAUCCAUCCAGUGGACAUAACUCACAGUUCUGAAAGCACAAGCCGACCACAUAUCAUAGAAAAAGCCCCAGGGUCCCAAAUCUCCAACCUUCCAAACCAUUCAGAUACAGAAGGGAAAGCCACUGAGCAGCCAUUCUUAGCACAAACACGAUGGCUGCGAAAAAGGAGAAAAAGAGCGGUGAAUGUAAGGAGGGGGUAAAUUGAAGAAAUGAAAUAUAUUGAACUUAUGAGUAAUGACCAUCAAAUGUACAAGAAACAACGAUCCUCUUACAUUCAUACCAGCAACUUUGCAAAAUCUGUGGUAAACAUUGUUGAUUCUAUAUACAAAGAACAGCUGAACACUCGUGUAGUUUUAGUCGCUGUGGAAACAUGGACAGACAAGGACCGUAUCACAAUUGGUCCUGAUCCAGUGAAGAUGUUACAUGACUUCUCCAGAUAUCGACAGAAUAACAUCAAACAGCAUGCUGAUGCUGUACACCUCUUGACGAAUAGAACUUUCCAUUAUAAACGAAGCAGUAUGAGUUUCUUUGGAGGAAUCUGUUCCACCUCUAGAGGCGUGGGAGUGAAUGAGUACGGGUUUUUGAUGGCAAUGGCCCAGCAGCUGGCUCAAAGUUUAGCUCAGAAUCUUGGUAUACAGUGGGAACCAGCCUCCAGAAAAAUGAAGCCAAAAUGUGACUGUACAGAGAACUUUGGUGGAUGCAUUAUGGAGGAAACUGGUGUGUAUCAUUCUCGAAGGUUUUCUAAGUGCAGCAUUGCUGAGUUCAAGGAAUUUCUCUCCCGUGGAGGAGGAUUAUGUCUUUUUAAUAGACCAACAAAGUUGUUUGAAGUAACCGAGUGUGGCAAUGGUUAUGUGGAGCCAGGAGAAGAGUGUGACUGUGGUUCAAAAACAGAUUGUUUUGGAGACUGCUGCAAGAAAUGCUCCCUGUCUAAUGGGGCACACUGUAGUGAUGGACCAUGCUGCAACACCUCCUGCUUGUUCCUUCCUCGGGAGUAUGACUGCCGCUAUGCUGUUAAUGAAUGUGACAUCACAGAACAUUGCACUGGAGACUCAGGCCAGUGUCCACCUAAUCUUCGUAAGCAAGAUGGGUAUGCCUGUGAUUCAAAUCAGGGCCGAUGUUACAAUGGUGAAUGCAAGACGAGAGACAAUCAAUGCAAACACAUCUGGGGACAAAAAGCUGCAAGCUCAGAUAAGCAUUGCUAUGAAAGGCUGAAUACAGAAGGCACAGAAAAAGGAAAUUGUGGGAGAGAUGGAGAUAACUGGAUUCAGUGCAGCAAACAUGAUGUAUUCUGCGGUUUCUUGCUUUGCGCAAAUGUGUCCAAGAUUCCCCGCAUUGGUAAAUUAGCUGGUGACAUACCUCCAACAUAUAUCAAUUACCAAGGGAGAGUGAUGGACUGCAGUGGUGCUCAUAUUUUUUUGGAUGAUGAGACUGACAUGGGAUACGUGGAAGAUGGAACACCAUGUGGCCCAUCAAUGAUGUGCUUAGACAGGAAGUGCCUACCUAUUGCAUCACUGAACAUUAGCAGUUGUCCAAUGGGUUCUAAUGGAAAAGUCUGCUCUGGCCAUGGGGUUUGCAGCAAUGAAGCCACCUGUAUAUGCAGCUCCACAUGGGCCGGAACUGACUGCAGUAUAUAUGACCCAAAGAAAGAGCCUACUGUUAGGAAAGAUGAAGGACCGAAGGGUCCUAGUGCCACCAACCUUAUAAUAGGGUCCAUCGCUGGUGCCAUCCUGGUAGCAGCUAUUGUCCUUGGGGGGACUGGAUGGGGCUUUAAAAAUGUCAAAAAGAGAAGAUAUGACCCAUCUCAGUCUGGAAUAUAAGCAACUUUGCCACAACGUCUUCCUUCAUCAAUGAGCGCAAGUUCACACAUGCAAUCUGCUUCUCCAACAUCAUUUACGUUAAGCCUUCAGUACUACAAUACAAUAUUAUCAAUGGCUUGUUUUUUAUACAGGCUUAAGAGAUCAAUUACAAGACACCACAUAAAAAGUGCAAUAGUUUUUUUUUUUUCAUACAAUGCAGGGCUGAUUAUGAGAAUCAACUGAAAUGUCUGAUAAGCAUUGUCUAGCAUAAGCAUGACUAACUUUCCGCAAUGAAUACUGGUAAAAAUACAAGGCAUGUCAUUUUAAUUUUUUUCAAAAUAGAGCAAAGCUGCAUGGCACAGUGCUAACUCAGACAACCAGCUGUUAAGCCAACCUUCCACACCACUCCCCAAAUAUUAAAGAUGGACAGAACAGAGGAAAAGACAAUCUUAUGACGUCAGGUCAAUACGUGCUUUGCAGUCUUUAAAACUAAAAGCAAACUUUUGCUGAAAUCCAAGCCAUGAUUUUUCUGCAGCAGCAGAGUGGACAUGAAAUCAUUCAAUGAAUAACAAAUUAUUGAGGACAUGUACAUAUGAAAAUAGAAGACUUUACAAUAUCAAGUGUAUGAAAUCUUUUCUGACAACAAAAGCUUUAUGUGUAUGUAAAAUAAUAGAUUAAAAAAACAUUGAAAUAUAUGCAUAUAUUUAUAUGUAUAUAGGUAUGUGCAAUAUAUUUUAUAUACUAUAUAUAUAUAUAUAUAUAUAUAUAUAUAUAUAUAUACAUAUAUAUAUAUAUAUAUUCCACCCCCUCAUUUUUCUAGCAUGUAGGGAAGGCACGCUAGGCUUGCAUACAUAAAUAAAUAAGGAGGAUAAAGCAUGUACAUGCAGGAAAUUUUGGCACAAAACAGGUGUGAUCUAGGGUUUGUAUGCUUGAAACCAAAAACAUACUUCUUUAUUAAAGUAUAUACUGUAAAUGGAUAUGUAUUUAAGAAUUCUAAAUAUGAUUAAGUUCCAUUUUUUUGUGUCAAGCUAAUUUUGUACAUAAUAUAUGAAAACAGAUAUAUAGCUACAUACUCAAAUUAUUCACUAAAGUGCCAAGAUCAUAUGCACAUUUCUUUUAUCACAUCUUCUCCAUUGUGCAUGUAAAUACAGUAUGUAGUGGUUUGCAUCACUUUCUUAAUUAAUGGGUAAUUACCAGGCUGGGAAAGUCAGUAAGUCUGUGUAUACAUAUGUUUAAUGACUGUAUGAAAAUCAGACAUAUUGUCUGUAAAGUGCAGUAUACAGUAUGUGAUUAAGAAUUCUGUACCAUUGCUGCAUGCCCCUCUGUCUGUUCCUGACCUUUAUGUAUAGACAUUUUUUGAUUUCUUCAUUCAUACUUCAUUCAUACACACCUUUAUUUAUAAAUCUCUAAGAAAAAUACCCUUAGUACCCAUAUAUAUUCCUGUUUCACAAGUCAACCUGCAAAAAAUGUCUUUUACUUUUGUUCCUGACCAUUGGAAAUCUUGUUCAAAGCUUUUCUAACUCUUUUUGAUAUUAAGAUAUUUGAUGUAUUGCUGUGGCUGAGGAUAACUCCUGAUACCUUGUUAAUGGUCAUGAUACUGAUGGUUUAACAUCCACCCAACAAAUUCAACCCUAAAUCUGGCCAUACACAAGUGAUAAAUGUUGGUGAACACCCAUGUUGCCAGCAGCUAUUUCUCCUGGCUUCACCAGAAACAUAGACGUUGGGUUUACAGUGCAUGUUUAUUUUUUUAGAUGUCAGAUGACUUUUAGCUAAUAUGUAUGCCAGUGUAAAGACUAUGUACAGCUUUGAUGCCAUUAUUAUUAUUGCAAGGGCUAAAAAUAAUUUUCCUAUUAGGUUUUAGUUAAAA